AUGGGAGGAUAUCUUCUUUUAAAAGACCUAAUCAAACAGGUUGUGAGUCUUCCUAUCAAUGGGGAAAAGGGUAAGAUUAAAGAACAGUCAGGGGUAUCACGUGUAGGUGAACUAACAAGAGUGAUUCUGGAUCUUUACUAUCGUAAAGUAUUUGAUACUGUCUUAGAGGCUAGUUCUCCAGGAAUACGAUAUAGCCGUUGGUAUAAUGAAGUCUUUAUAGCCAUCGACAUGAAUGAUCAUGAUCAUGAUGAUGAUGAUGAUAUAGAAGAGAUUAUGGGAGAAAUCAUAAUGGAUUUGGAGUCUAUAUUACAUAGAAACCAACUAGAAGGAAGAGUGGAUGCAAUCUUAAAGGGGAAGAGUAAUUACUUGGACUGCGCGAGAAAGGUAUAA